AUGGAUAGAAAAUCUGCUAGAAUAAAAGCAGAGUUACAAAGAUAUGGUUGGAGAGUUUCGAAGAAUUUUAAAUAUAGGAAAGGAAGACCCAUAAAAGUCUAUGACAAAUUGUCUGGUCUUCGCUACGAAAUGGAUUUGAAAACAGC